GGCCAGCCCCGCGGCGCCCAGGCCCGGACCGAGGCGGCAGGUAAACACCACCACAUGGCCGCGGAGAACUUGACAGCUCAGGGAAGAAAAUGUCAAACAGUGAUGGAGAAAUGCCACCUUUGGAAGAUGAUUCCACAUCACCUCAGUCCACAGCCAUCCUGCACUUGUCCCCCACUCCUCAUCCAGCCCCAUUCCUUGAGAUCUCAUUAACUCAUGAUGACUGCGAAGGUACUUCAGAUGACGACUCUGAUUGGCUUGAAAUGGAGGAGGAGGAGGGAGAAGAGAAAGGAAAUGUCAUCUGCUUGUUUUGUGAGUCAACAGAAAAAAACACCACCACCUGUCUGGCCCACAUGCUUGACUCUCAUGGCUUUGACCUCGUGGCAUUUGUGUGCCGUGCUGGGCUGGACCAAGUUGGAUAUAUCAAGUUGGUAAAUUAUUUGAGAGCCACUAAACAUUCCCCUGAAGAACUCAUAGCUCUUAAAGGAACUCCUUGGGAUGCUGCUACACACCUCACACCUGUCCUGAGGGAUGACCAUCUUCUCAUGUUUGAUGUGGAAGGGCUUCCAGGAAGGCAGGAGGAAAUGGAGGAGAACAUGGAGAGAAGCUGUGAGCAUGCAACUAGAGAGGAGUUGAAACGAAUUGUGUUGAAACAGAGGGAAGUGCUGCAAAGACUCCUUCAGGCUGCUGCAUGUCUGGCUGAUGGAAAGAAGCAGGAUGGUUGGGAGCACACUGUUGCAGACAGAAGGCCAGAAGAGGAUGAGGGUUACUUCAAUUCCUAUGCCCACUUUGAUAUUCACCACGAAAUGCUUUCAGACCGAGUGAGAACUGAGGCUUACCGUGAUGCAAUCCUGGGUAACUCUGAGCUGCUGAAGGGCAAGAGAGUGCUGGACUUGGGCUGUGGCACUGGUAUUUUAUCCUUGUUCAGUGCCAAGGCAGGAGCCACGGUGACAGCAGUAGACAUGUCAGAUGUCAUCUACCAGGCCAUGGAGAUUGUAAGAGAAAAUAAGAUGGAGGGAGCAAUAACCUUCUGCAAGGGUAAACUGGAGGACCUGGAACUCCCUAAUAAGUACCACUACAUUGUCUCUGAGUGGAUGGGGUAUUUCCUUCUGUUUGAGGGCAUGCUGGACUCUGUGCUUUAUGCCCGUGACCACCACCUUGCACCUGGGGGUCUACUCAUGCCCAAUCGCUGUUCUCUUCACCUGCUUGGCAUAGAAGAUCUGGAAUCACACAACAAGCUGAUAACCUUCUGGGAUGAUGUGUAUGGGUUUAAGAUGAGCUGCAUGAGGCGGGAAGUGGUGAAGGAGGCGUCAACAGAUGUGGUCAAGGAAGCCUGUGUGCUCACUACUGCAGCACAGAUUGCAGAGUUCAACCUGAUGACUGCCCAGCCAAGUGACACAGAAUUCUCAUGUCCAUUCUCGCUUCAUGCCACAAGGGAUGGACAGAUGACAGGGUUUGCGGGGUACUUUGAUGCUCACUUUGACCUUCCAUGCCCUGUGACACUCCCCACAGGGCCCCAUUCUGCCCCUACACACUGGAAACAGACCAUCUUCCAUUUACCAAACCCACACCCAGUUACCAAAGGUGAACUGGUGUCAGGUCAGAUCAGUGUGCGGCGACAGAGACGAGAGGUACGCAGUCUAGAGGUCGCCCUCACAUGGGCUGAUCAGACCUUCAGGUAUUUGGUGGAGUGAGAGAGAUAGAGAUAGGUUACAAUAAAUUAUAACUUUA